GCGUUCGAGGACGUGCACCUUCAUCAGUGGCCUCUGUUAAAGAAGGUUCUUCAUCGAGCCGAUCAGCUGUUCACCCUCCUCUUCCUCAGCGAGAUGCUCCUCAAGUGGAGCGCCUUCGGACUGAGCAAGUACUUCAGAGACGGCUGGUGCUGCCUCGACUUCCUGGUCCUCCACGUGUUCCUGGUGUCUCUCGGGGUUGAGAUCUUUGGGUUCGGUUCUCUCGGGUUCUUCCUGUUUCUGAGGAGCCUCCGAGCUCUGGGGCCCCUGAGGAUCCUGUCUCACUUCCAGGGCGUGAGGGUGGUGGUUCUCUCUCUGCUGGGGGGGGGCCCGGCCCUGCUGCUGGUUCUGUUGGUGGUUCUGCUGGUUCUGCAGCUUUUCAGCAUGUUGGGCGUGAACCUAUUUGCGGGGAAGUUCUUCUUCUGUAUUAACGAGACGUCAGAUGAGGUGUUUCCAGCUCGCGAGGUGGACAACCGGACGGAGUGCAUGUUCCUGAUGUACGAGAACCACUCCGUCCAAUGGAGGAACCAUGAGUUGAACUAUGACAACGUGCUGAGUGGUCACCUGUCGCUGCUGCACCUGGGCGCGGCAGCAUCCGACUUGGGCGUCGUAUUCUCAGCGGUGGACUGGCCGGUCUAUGAGACCCAACUCCUCGCCUACCUGUACUACGUACUCUUCAUCAUCAUCAGCUCCUUCUUUACCUGCAACCUCUUCAUCAGAGUCUUCAUCAACCACCUGCAGAGACACAAGUCAGGGAAACAGCUGUUCUCCACAGAGCAGCAGCAGAGAUGGAUCGAGUCUCUGAAGAACCGAGUUCUGAGACCUGCCAGACCUGUUCCCCGACCUCAGAACUGCCUCCAGGCCUGCCUGCUGGACCUGGUGUCCUCCUUGUGGUUUGAGGUCCUGGUCGUGGUGGUGAUCUGCAUGAACCUGGUGUCCCUGAUGAUUGAAGAGUAUCAGAUGAGUAAUUACACUGAGGAAGUUCUUCAUUAUCUGUACCUGGUGGUCCUGGUCCUCUACCUGCUGGAGUUCAUCCUGAAGGUCACUGCGCUCAGAAAAUACUAUUUCACCAACGCCCUCAACGUGCUGGACUUCCUGGUGCUGAUUAUGUCCAUCCCAGGUCUUUUUGCGGACAUUUGGACAUUGUAUUUCUUCUCUCCCUCGAUUAUCUUCAUGCUGCGAGUGACUCGUGUUUUCCGUGUCCUCUGCUGGGAUCCGAGUAUCAGGAAGCUGCUUUUGUCCUUCAUGAUGUCACUUCCUGCCCUGUUGAACCUCGGCCUCCUUUUCCUCCUCCUCAUCUUCACGUCAUCCAUCUUCGGCAUGUUGAGCUUCCCCUUCGUGAGGAAGCAGGGGAUGAUGGACGACAUGUUUAACUUUGAGACGUUUGGCAGCAGCCUGAUCUGUGUGUUGAUGAUCUCCUCUUCUGCUUCGUGGGGGGGUAUGCUGGGUCCCUUAAUGAAGACUUCACCUGACUGUGACCCCGACACCCUGAACCCGGGAUCCUUCAUCCGAGGAGACUGCGGCUCCCCAGCCCUCGCCAUCGUCUUCUUCAUCGUAAACAUCUACCUGGGCUACCUGCUGGUGGUCAACAUGUACAUCGCCGUCAUCCUAGAGGUCUUCGGCCCCGAGGAGAACCAGACGCUGAGCGACCAACACCUCCUGAACUUCUGCAAAACCUGGAGGAAGUUCGACCCAGAGAGCUCGCAGUUCAUUAAGUACAGCGAGCUGUCAGAUCUCUGCGACGCUCUGCAGGAUCCUCUCAGGAUUCCCAAACCAAACAGCCUCCGACUGACGAGCAUGGACCUUCCUCUGCAGGCUGGAGACCAGAUGCUCUGCCAGGACGUCCUGCUGGCCCUCGCUGCACAGGUGUGCACUGAGUCCAAAUGCUCUCUCCGAGCCCGACUGGAGGAAAAGUUUCCCUCGAAGGUGUCCUGUGGACCAAUCAGCAGCACCCUGCAGAGGAAACAGGAAGAGGUGGCGGCGGCUGUGAUACAGAGAGCGUUCAGGAAACACGCCGCCGCAAAACCCUGAAGACUCCAGCUCCAGGACCCUGAAGACUCCAGCUCCAGGACCCUGAAGACUCCAGCUCCCAAACCCUAAAGACUCCAGCUCCCAGACCCUAAAGACUCCAGCUCCCAGACACUGAAGACUCCAGCUCCCAGACACUAAAGACUCCAGCUCCCAGACCCUAAAGACUCCAGCUCCAGACCCUAAAGACUCCAGCUCCCAGACCCUAAAGACUCCACCUCCCAGACCCUAAAGACUCCACCUCCAGACCCUAAAGACUCCAGCUCCCAGACCCUAAAGACUCCAGCUCCCAGACCCUAAAGACUCCAGCUCCGAGACCCUAAAGAAUCCAGCUCCCAGACCCAAAAUAAUCCAGCUCGCAGACCCUAAAGACUCCAGCUCCCAGACCCUAAAGACUCCAGCCCCAGACCCUAAAGACUCCAGCUCCCAGACCCUAAAGACUCCAGCUCCCAGACACUAAAGACUCCAGCUCGCAGACCCUAAAGACUCCAGCUCCCAGACCCUAAAGACUCCAGCUCCAGACCCUAAAGACUCCAGCUCCAGACCCUAAAGACUCCAGCUCCCAGACCCUAAAGACUCCACCUCCAGACCCUAAAGACUCCAGCUCCCAGACCCUAAAGACUCCAGCUCCCAGACCCUAAAGAAUCCAGCUCCCAGACCCAAAAUAAUCCAGCUCGCAGACCCUAAAGACUCCAGCUCCCAGACCCUAAAGACUCCAGCUCCCAGACCCUAAAGACUCCAGCUCCCAGACCUUAAAGUUUCCAGCUCCCAGACCCUAACGACUCCAGCUCCCAGACCAUAAAGACUUCAGCUCCCAGACCCUAAAGACUCCAGCUCGCAGACCCCUAAAGACUCCAACUCCCAGACCCCAAAGACUCCAGCUCCAGGACCCUAAAGACUCCAGCUCCCAGACCCUAAAGACUCCAGCUCCAAGACCCUAAAGACUCCAGCUCCCAGACCUUAAAGUUUCCAGCUCCCAGACCCUAACGACUCCAGCUCCCAGACCAUAAAGACUUCAGCUCCCAGACCCUAAAGACUCCAGCUCGCAGACCCCUAAAGACUCCAACUCCCAGACCCCAAAGACUCCAGCUCCAGGACCCUAAAGACUCCAGCUCCCAGACCAUAAAGACUUCAGCUCCCAGACCCUAAAGACUCCAGCUCGCAGACCCCUAAAGACUCCAACUCCCAGACCCCAAAGACUCCAGCUCCAGACCCUAAAGACUCCACCUCCCAGACCCUAAAGACUCCAGCUCCAAGACCCUAAAGACUCCAGCUCCCAGACCCUAAAGACUCCAGCUCCCUGACCCUAAAGACUUCAGGUCCCAGACCCUAAAGACUCCAGGUCCCAUACCCUAAAGACUCCAGCUCCCAGACCCUAAAGACUCCAGCUCCCAGACCCUAAAUAUUCCAGCUCCAGACCCUAAAGACUCCAGUUUCCAGACCCUAAAGACUCCAGCUCCCAGACCCUAAAGACUCCAGCUCGAGGACCCUAAAGACUCCAGCUCCAGACCCUAAAGACUCCAGCUCCCUGACCCUGAAGACUCCAGCUCCCAGAAGCCCCGGCAGCUCUGCAUCUUCUUCACAGAGCUCCAUAUAUAGCGUUAGAACUAUUAACGAAGCACUUUUAUACUAAUAAAGGGCUGGCUUAUCUAAAGCCAGUUGAGUAGCACUUGAAAUGUUUGGCUCUAUGAAACCUGAUGUACUUAUAUGAUUCUGUUUUCUUCAAGGUUGUGUCUUCCUGGUCGAAUGUACUUAUUGUAAGUCGCUUUGGAUAAAAGCGUCAGCUAAAUGCAAUGUAAUAUAUAGAGCUCACUGACGGAGGCAUCACUCCGUCCCAAACCUGCAGAAUAAAACAUCUUCACAGAUCCAACAGGAACAAAGACUUAGAUGUAAUAUCUUACUUUACUCUGAAAUAUUGUGACUUUACUCUAACUUUACUAACAUUAGCAUUCAACAUAAAGUGACAGCAUGGGAAUAACAUUACUACUAAAGUCAUAAUGAAUUAAAAACAUUACUACUAAAGUCAUAAUGCAUUAAAAACAUGAACGUUUUAAAGUGUGGCCGACAAGAAGUGGAUUUUUGUUUGUGUUGAUUUUUACCUUGAAACACAAAAAAAUACUUUAACACCUUUUUCUAUAUUUUCUAUAUCCGUUGUUUUUUACUGUUUAAAACUUGUUCAUUUUUGUGUAAAACUUAACAAACUAAAUAAAAGCAUCUGAAAGAG